GAGUUGACGAAUCAUCAACCCGAAGCCAGCAUCAUCAGAUUCUUUGACAACUAGCUAGCUAGAGGUAGUACAUGUAGGAAGAAGAAGAGAGAAAGGAGAGAAAGAGACAAGAUGGACCCUGGAAGCGGCGCCUUUCUGUUUUGCUCUGCCGAUGAGUUGACUCAUGAGCGUCUUCGUCAGAACGACGAGGAUUUUGUGGACUUGCAAGUAUUCUUGAGUAGUACGAGCAAUCUUCACGAUUUUACAGAUGCACUGUGGCACAACACAUCGAUCCAAGAAGCCCUGCUGUUGAUCCACGAAUCCUUUGGAGACACAUCGGAACAUGAGAUUCUGCUCUUUUUUGCCGUGUUAGGCCGAUUGCCACAACUCGCUCGACUGUACUUUAAUACGUAUCGGUUUCCCUUUGUGUGUCGGUUGCCCGUGCGAGCAUUUACCAACGUCAGUCGCAGUGCUCGCAAAUUGAUCGAAUUCAAACUCUGGAGAACCGACAUUUGUUUGUUCCUUCCCAAAAAGAAGAACGAAAAACAUGACGAAGAUUCUCAUGAGCAACAAGAUCAUCAACAACAACAAGAGAAAGAACCACCGCCACAACAACAGCUACAAGAUUGGGCCAACGCCUUGGCUGCCUGUAGAAACUUGCGUGAGUUCCGAAUUAUCAAGUGUCGUCUGACGAACAGCAACGAAACGAACAAUCCACAAGAACAAGAACCCACACAGAAUACUACAACCAAUAAUACAAGACGAAAUUCUGCUGCAUCGAGACGGAGUUCUACUACUACUACUUCUACUACGGAUGCCAAGAAGAAAGAAGAUGCUUGUUGUGGUUGUACGCUAGAUCCACUGUUGGAAUCACUGGCCCAACUGCCUCAGUUGAGAGAAGUCGAAUUAAGUGCCACCAAAUUGGCAGCGUUGGGAAACUUGUCACACGACAGCUUGAAGAAACUCAUUAGUAGCUCUCAUACGCUGCAGUCGCUGAGUCUUUCCAAUUUUGAUCUAUCGGAAGAAGCCGUCGUGGUCAUUGGGCAGUCCCUGUUGCGACAACACGAUGAUACUAAUACUACUCAACAUCAACAUCAACACCAUCGACGACCAAUGGCACAAUCUGCAGUAUCAGCUGCUCCGAGACGAAACCGCAACAACAACAACAACAACAACACACGACGAUACAGUACCUCCAAUAUCCGUAAUCUACGACUGGCGGGGGUAGGGAGUACUGCCAGUAUGUUGACCAAACCCAUUCGAGAAGCCUUUCGCCAGGUGCUCCAAUACAAUUACAAACUGGAACGACUAUUCCUAUUUGACAAUCGCAAUCUACAAGAGGAGAUUGCCUUUUAUUUGAAACUCAACAAGUUGGGUCGGCAACGACUCUUGCGGCAGGAUUGCAAAGAGGCAUCCAAAACGGAAUGGAUGGAUGUACUGGUGCAUGUCCGAGAUGAUUUGGAUUGUCUCUUUUACUUUUUAAGCAUCAAUCCACUGCUCCUGCAGCAUCAUUAUUGUCCUACAAGAAGAACCAAAGAGGAUAACAACACGGCAGAAGCAGAAGCAGACUGUAACGACGAGGCUGCUGCCGACGACGACGACGAGGAAGGAGACGAGAAAAGGAACAACAAUGAUUCCGAUUCCCUCCGUUCGUCAGAUGCGAAGGAAUGCGACAAGGAAGCAGAGAGGACCAGCCAGGAAUGUCUCUUUUCAGAAUCCAAUAACAACAAUCAUGUGGCAUCAACGCUUUCUUCCGUAGGUUGUGAAAAUGACUGUGCUCUUGGCGAUCCUGGAUGCAGCAGCAUUGCCAUCAUGGAAGGUAAGACAGGCAGCACUGGUGAUUCAACGCCAGAAACACCUUCCUCAGACUGUGAGAACGAGUCUGCUGCUGGAAGUGGAGAUGGUUGCAGCAAGGAAUGUGAUGCAAGCGGCAACGAUGUUAUGACACAAGCUUCGCCUUCCUUAGACUAUGAAAACGAGUGUGCUCGUGGCGCUCCUGCACGCAGCAGCAGCUUCAACGAGGAAGAAAAGAGGGCAUAGGAAUUAUGAUUCCGUCCUAUCAUCAGAGUCUGGCGGCUAUAACGAGGAAGCAGGUUAAACCGCCACAAUGGUGCCCUUCUCUUCGACGCUAGCAAUAGCUAGUCUAUACCAGUAGACACAAUGUUCUCUUCCCCCGUGACGAUCUCCACAAACGGCAACAGCAAAGACGGAAUCAAAGUAGCACAACAGUUGGCAACUGGGCAGUUUUUUUAAGCACUCUUAGUAUUGAGUUAUCUUGGGAGUACUUAUGGUUUGUCGCUUGGUAUGAGCAACGAUGAUUGAGUGACAAUAGCGGGACUCGACAGCUACACGGGUAGAUACAAGUGUGUGUAAGCAGUCAGCGUCACUUGUCGUCUCAAUCAAUAGGAAAGUGUACAUGAGGUUGAAUGUAUAGACAGGCGUAUUUGUAGUUGGUUGCGUUGGACUUCGAAUAGGAAUGGUGUCAUGUUGACUAGUAGCGAAAUAUUCAGGAUGAAAUGUUCAGGACGGUGAGCGAUUCGAUUCAAACCGGAAAAUGCGGUAUAUGAGGGUGCCUCCAGACGUAGAACUGGAGCAGGAAGUUUGAUUUGAACCGAAUCGAAUAACUUCCUCGUAUGCUGGUCAUACGAGAAAGCGUUGGAGUAUAGUUGAAUGUUCAGGGACCGAACAGGCUGCAGGUAUGGUGCAACGCCCGAUCGGGAGAUAGCAAUGGCAGAGGAGCAGAUGUACAAAGUUGGUAUGUUUCCAACAGGAGCUCGUGCCUUCGAAGUCGUGGCAGGAUGAUUGGAGCAAGCCAAUAUAUAGUCAAGGUAAAGAUGUUUGUGCAAUAGGGGAAAAUGUGCAUGGCUU